AUGGGCCGUCAGUCUCAUCCGCCGGUUGCCCUCCUUAAGCUUCUCCGGGGUUUUUGCUUUUCCUAUUCGCGAGAAGCCGGGGACAUGGGGCUUACAAGACGCAUUUCUCCCCCAGGAGUAAAGGAAGCCUAUAUUCUAACUAGCAUUGGGUUUCUAACUGAAGCUACGCCCGGUACUCAAACUCGCGUCAUUGCCUCUCCAAACGAAACGGGCGGAACAUUCGAUCUAUCACAUACUAGAUAUACUACCCGAACGGCUGAUGACAGUCUCUUAGAGAUCGGCACCUACCCUACAGCCGUCUUUGCAGUGAAGGGUGCCAUCAAGCUUCACAACGAGGGUGGUUGUAAAAUCAUUAGCGAGGGGGGUUUCAUUUUUGUUCCAGCAGGUAGGGUAUACAACUAUUCGACGGAUGAACCUGGAACAGAACUCUUGGUGUUCUCGACAUGCCUGAAAGAUGGCGACUCCAUCCCCAGUCGGAAGUAUGUUCCGAUUCCAGUUGGAGACACUCCAGCGACGGAUGCCGGAGAGACAUACCUAAUAAAACAAGAAGUCGGAUUGUGCUCAGUUUUCGGAGGCUUCCUAACUCGACCUCUACUGAGGCUAUCCAACGGCUUGGACCAGAUUUCGGUCUCGAUAAUGGAAUCGACGACAAGAUAUUCAGAGCGGCCGUUUGUUGACCGAUGGGUUUUCUUUACGAAUGUGUACCAUUGUUUCUACAUUUUGGAAGGCCGGUUCAAGUUUAAGAUCAAGGGCGACUCGGAAUGGACCUACACUGACGCAGGCGAUUCAUUUUUCGUCCCAUCGAGGACCUUUUUCAUAGGCGACGUGGCUAGCGAAACCGCGCGACUGAUUCUAUUCGCGAAUGGAGGAGGAGUUGACGAGAUGGUUGUUAAAGCUGGGUAUUCACAUCAAGGGCCCUUGCCGGAGACUAUUGGAAAAUGGGAUGGCUGGGACGAAGCGAGAGUGAAGUCUGCGUGUGCACAACUUGGAGCUCAGAUUGAAUGA